CUGGUUACACCAUUCUGUUGUUAAAGAUAAGGUGAAAAGAUACGGUCAGGGGAGCGCAUGCGCAAUGUGCGUUCGUCGUCAAUUGUAAGCUAGCAGGAUCCUCCGCGCUUGUCUGUGGCCUCAAACUAAAGGGAGAUUAAAUUGAAGUUGAAGACGUUUGGGUGUCGACGACAGAAAGACGUUCCAUCCAGAACAAACAAGCUAAACUUAAGGACCGUGGACGCUUUAAAGGCAUUUUUCUUUGCGAACAACCCAACCCCUUUCAAGCAUUUGAGGCACACGAAGAAAGAAAUCGCUAACGUUGGGAUCUAGUCAUGUCUCGCAGAAGAAGCCGCAGCCCAUCGCCGGGGCGAUUUUCACGCACCUGCAGCAGUAAUGAUCCUCGAGAUUUGGAAAGAAGGAUUUUUGUUGGGAAUUUGCCAACUUCUGACAUGGAAAAAAAGGAUUUGGAAGACCUGUUCAGCCCGUAUGGCAAGAUAAUCGGCGUAUCCUUGUUUCGCGGGUAUGGAUUUGUUCAGUUUGAGCGUGUUGAGGAAGCUGAAGCUGCAAGAUCGGCUCAAAAAGGCCGACUAUAUAAAGGGUACAAAAUAGAUGUAAAUAUGGCAGUGGAGCGACGGCAAGCUAAACCUCUAUCCCAGCAGAGCCCGCCACGAAGGGCUCCUCGGCCUCGGUCACGUUCCCCCGUGUACGCACGUGAAGGACGCGAGCCUCGAGACAGUCGGGACGCCAGGGACUCCCCUCGAGAGCCGAGACCCAGUAGCCACUCUCGUGACCCGGACUACCGCUACCGCACCUCUGAGAGCCGAGACAAAGACCUCAGGGCUGAUCCACGGGAUCCUGCCUACAGCCGAGAUGAGUACGACCGGUAUUACCGCAGUGGCAGCGCCGCGGAGGAGUACUACAGGAGGAAGGACGAAGCCUUCAGGGAUCCUUAUGUGGAUCCUUGGAAUGGUCGCCGUGAUCCAGUAACUGAUCGCGUUCGUCCAGAAGAGCGCCGGCGUAAUGAACUGUACCGGCAGUACUACGAAGAGCUCCAGCGGCGCUACGACACCGAUCGUCCCGUUGACUGUUCGGUGAUUGUGGUCAACAAGGCGCAGAAUAGGGAGUAUGCAGAGACGGUUGGGCGGAAGGUCCGCGAUCUGGGGAUGGUAGUGGAUCUGAUCUUUCUGAACACUGAAGUGUCUCUCACUCAAGCACUAGAGGAUGUGGGCCGAGCCCGCACUCCGUUUGCCAUCAUCAUUACCCAGCAGCACCAGGUGCACCGCUCCUGCACCGUCAACAUCCUGUUUGGCACACCACAAGAGCAUCGAAAUAUGCCCAUGCAGGACGCCAUGAUGCUGGUAGCCCACAAUUAUGACACCUACAAGGUUGAGAACCGCGAAAAAGAGCGGGAGGAGAUCGCAAGAAAAGCUGCCAAGAUGGCAGAUGACGUCCUCCUCAGAGAGGCUGACAGAGAGAGCCAUCCUGUGUCUGUGCUCACAGCCAUCACCCUGCUGUCUGAAAACAGGUUUUUAACCCCUGAAGAACUGGACGCCCUCAUUGCGUAUCUUAAGGACAAAAGGGUUCGUCUAGUUCGCAGUGUAUCGGAUCCUCUUGCAGGUCACAUCAGUGCUCCUGCAGGAGUUCAUCUGGACGGUCCGGCAUCGUCUGCAGGGAUCCCAGCUUCCUCCGCGCUCCCCUCCCAGCCGCCCAGCCACCACAGUCUGUCGGCCGUCUCCAGCACCUCCGCUAACCCCAGUCAUCAGCAGGAGCUGCAGGCUAAAAUCCUCAGUCUGUUCAACAGCGGCUCAGGGCCCCUGACAGCCGCCGGCAGCAUUCCCUCUGCGACCCCUCAGUCUCAUCCCUACAGCUCUCUGGGGCCCUCUUCCUCCCAAAACCCCUCCCGCCCCACUAUGCCUGGGGCCCCUGCUCCAGCAUCACAGGCCUACAGCGCCCCACCGGCUCGCCUGCCUGCAGCACUCGGUGCUCAGAGGGCCCCCAUGGCUGCUUCAGGCAUCAACUUUGACAACCCCAGCGUCCAGAAAGCUCUUGACACUCUCAUUCAGAGUGGACCGUCUCUCAAUAACCUGGUGAGCUCUGGAGCUCCUCAGCAAACCCCCUCCAGAACCGCCCCCAGCAUGGGGCAGGUCCCAGCCAUGUCCAUGUAUUCUCGACCCUACUGAUGAGCUGGAAUGAGUUAGUGCGCCCCCUGCUGAUAGAAAUAGACACCACACCUCUGAGUGAUGGCAUUCACCAGUUCUGUAUCAGUAAACCUUUUUUAAUUUGUAUUUUUCUCCCUUUAAUAUUGAUAAAAUGGAACGAUGUGUUCAGACUGCUUGAUUGUAUUUUCAAUUUUUUUGGGGGCUGAAUAUUUUCAGCCUUUUUACAAGUGAGUCUUUGAGCAAAUGAAUUUUGUUUUGGUUUCUGAUCCAAACCAGUAAUGCUUUUUAUAGUUUCCCGCCGUUUCAUUUGUACUUUUGUUGUUGUUGUUCUCAAAACAAGCCGUAAUUAAAAACUCCACACACGUUUGAUGUAAUAAAAUGGUAUUGGUUUA